AUAACCUAAAAUUUAAAGAUUUAAAUGCGAGGGAAAUAUCAGUUAGUGAGAUGUCAGUUAUCUGUGGAAGCGAAGAAGGCAGUUAUUUUUUUCGAGAAGUCUAAGGAAGUUAUACUUGUGAUACUUGUCUGUGAGAAGUUUUGAAACAACUUUUUCUUAACAUUUUCUAACACAUUUUAAGACUGCAUUGAUAUUUUUAUAUUUACUAAAGCAACAUUAAUAUUGUGUAAUAUACUAUUUGAUGAUGACCAAUGGGCAGGAUUUCAAAAUGCCAUCAACUUUGUCUGAGUACACAGAAGCUAUUCAAGAAACAAUGAAUGAAAUGGUGGACCAUAUUAAUAACAGAGGCAAAAAUCAUCAAUGGAGCUUAGAUGACUUCGAAAUCGGAGCGCCUCUAGGAAGAGGAAAAUUUGGCCGUGUAUAUUUAGCUAGGGAGAAAACUACCCACUAUAUGGUUGCCUUAAAGACAUUAUAUAAAGUUGAAUUAGUGAAAGGACGUGUGGAGAAGCAAGUAAUGCGAGAAAUUGAAAUACAAACACAUUUGAAGCAUCCACAUAUUCUUCAAUUAUUGACAUACUUUCACGAUAAGAAGAGAAUUUAUUUAGUAUUAGAGUUUGCUGCAAAAGGUGAAUUGUACAAAGAAUUAAAACGUCAGCCAAAUGAGAGAUUUAGCGAACACUUAUCUGCUAAAUAUACUUACCAAGUAGCCGACGCUUUGGAAUAUUGUCACAAGAAUGAUGUCAUCCACAGAGACAUAAAACCUGAGAAUUUAUUACUUACAUAUGAUGGAGAUAUAAAGCUUGCAGAUUUUGGCUGGUCUGUGCACGCGCCAUCUUCUAAACGGAACACACUUUGUGGAACUUUAGAUUAUCUACCACCAGAAAUGGUGCUGGGACAAACUUAUGACAUUUAUGUCGAUCAUUGGUGCUUAGGGAUACUCUGUUACGAGUUUCUCACGGGUCAACCACCGUUUCUGAGUAACUCCACGCAAGAAACAUACACGAAAAUAAAAUCUUUAAAUAUACAAUGGCCCGAACACAUUAAGCCUGGAGCCAAAGAUCUUAUAUCCAAGUUAAUAAAAAAAAAGAGCACGGAACGGAUCUCCAUGAUGGAAGUUAAAAAACAUCCCUGGAUUUUGGAGCACAAAGAUUCGCCUAAAAAACCAAAAGCUUAAACUUAUUCCUUUUAAUUGCUUGAU